AUGCAAAUGAAAAUCAGAAGAACAAAAAUACCAGCAAAAUCCAUUACUAUAACAGUUGAAAGAUUAUCAGAUAAUUCUCGUAUUACAUUCACUAUAUCAUCUGACAAAACAAUUGAACAGUUGCGUUCAUUAUUAAAUUAUCAUUUACCACCCUAUAUGCCAGAUAAGUUUUGUUUAUAUUCAUAUCAACGUGGCGCAUUGAUACAUUUUCAUCCGUCAUCAUUUAAAUUAGAUUAUUUUCCUGUUAUAUUUGAUCAAUCUAUUCUAUUACUUAAAAUGGACGAUCGAGCUGUUAAUAAUAUUAAUAUAGACGAUGAGAAAAAGUUCAAUGAAGAAAUUACUAAACGCAAAUUUUCGUUGUUAGGAAAUUUUUCGUCGUCGUCGAAUGCAAGAACGAAAGGUGUUAAAAAACAAUCUUCAUCCACGCAUGUUACUUGUUUAUCCAUAUUAAAACUAGUUUUUAAUCAAUCGUCUAAGCCGCCUGAUAUGAAUUUAGAGUAUUAA